AAGUGGAAAUAAUGCCACAAAAAGCACCGGAAUUAGCAGAUCCUUCCCAUCUUCUCCGACUACAGAUCAAUCUUCUGAUCAAACUUCCGCUACUCUAAUUCCUUUGAUUGCUUCCCCGACAAAUAUUUCCACAUUGCAAGAAGCCAUGUCAAUGGUUGAUGAGCCAUUGUAUCCCAUUGCGGUUUUGAUUGAUGAGUUGAAGAAUGAAGACAUCCAGCUUAGAUUGAAUUCAAUCCGGCGCUUGUCUACCAUUGCUCGUGCUCUUGGUGAGGAGAGAACUCGGAAAGAGUUGAUUCCAUUUCUAAGCGAGAACAACGAUGACGAUGAUGAAGUUCUUCUUGCAAUGGCCGAAGAGUUGGGGGUGUUUAUUCCAUACGUUGGAGGGGUUGAACAUGCGAGUGUAUUGCUUCCACCCUUGGAAGGUCUUUGUAGUGUUGAAGAGACUUGUGUUAGGGAAAAGGCAGUUGAGUCAUUAUGCAGAAUUGGGUCUCAAAUGAGGGAAUCAGACUUGGUGGAAUCAUUUAUUCCACUUGUGAAGAGACUGGCUGCUGGAGAGUGGUUUACUGCUCGAGUUUCGUCCUGUGGAUUGUUUCACAUUGCCUAUCCUAGUGCUCCAGAGCCAUUAAAGAACGAACUAAGGACCAUCUAUAGCCAACUUUGCCAAGAUGAUAUGCCUAUGGUGAGGAGAGCAGCUGCUACAAAUCUUGGAAAGUUUGCUGCUACUAUUGAACAACCCCAUUUGAAGACUGACAUCAUGUCAAUGUUUGAAACCCUGACCCAGGAUGAUCAAGAUUCUGUCCGUUUAUUGGCUGUUGAAGAUUGUGCAGCUUUGGGGAAGCUGUUGGAGCCCAAAGAUUGUGUUGCACAAAUUCUGCCCGUCAUAGUUAAUUUUGCUCAGGAUAAGUCUUGGCGUGUUCGUUACAUGGUUGCAAAUCAACUUUAUGAACUUUGUGAGGCAGUUGGACCAGAGGCUACCAGGACGGACUUGGUCCCUGCCUAUGUUCGGCUACUUCGUGACAAUGAGGCUGAAGUGCGUAUAGCUGCUGCUGGCAAGGUGACUAAGUUCUGCCGUAUUUUGAGCCCUGAGCUUGCUAUCCAGCAUAUCCUUCCUUGCGUAAAGGAGCUAUCAUCAGAUUCAUCCCAACAUGUCCGUUCUGCUUUGGCUUCAGUUAUCAUGGGAAUGGCGCCUAUUCUCGGAAAGGAUGCAACUAUAGAGCAGCUUCUCCCAAUUUUCCUCUCUCUUCUGAAGGAUGAGUUUCCUGAUGUUCGUUUGAAUAUUAUCAGUAAGCUUGAUCAAGUAAACCAGGUGAUUGGAAUUGAUUUGCUCUCCCAAUCCCUGCUGCCAGCUAUUGUUGAACUUGCAGAGGAUAGACACUGGAGGGUUCGGCUUGCAAUAAUUGAGUACAUACCUCUAUUGGCAAGUCAGCUGGGGGUCGGCUUUUUUGAUGACAAGCUCGGUGCUCUGUGCAUGCAAUGGCUAAAAGACAAGGUUUACUCUAUUAGAGAUGCAGCAGCAAACAAUGUUAAGCGCCUUGCUGAGGAGUUUGGUCCAACAUGGGCAAUGGAGCAUAUAAUUCCACAGGUGUUGGAUAUGAUUAAUGACCCACAUUAUCUUUACCGGAUGACAAUCCUUCAUGCAAUUUCUCUUCUUGCCCCUGUAAUGGGCUCAGAAAUUACUUGUUCCAAACUUCUGCCAGUUAUUAUUACUGCUUCAAAAGACAGGGUACCGAAUAUCAAGUUCAAUGUGGCUAAGGUGUUGCAGUCUCUUAUUCCAAUAGUUGAACAAUCUGUCGUGGAGACAACAAUUCGACCAUGUUUGGUUGAACUCAGUGAGGAUCCAGAUGUUGAUGUUCGGUUUUUCGCCAACCAAGCCCUACAAGCAACCAAGUGAUGAUAUCUAGUUAAAGGCAAUUGAAUAGUUCAAAGUAGUUUUCUCCUUGUCCAUUGUCAAGUGUGAACAAAGAUGUCCAAGAGCUUUUGUUGUCUUUAGAUAUCAAAUCAUUCUUGUCAAGCAUUUCUGGACAUUGACUAAGAAAGUUACUACUAUAAGAUAUGACAGCAUUUUCCCAUCGGACCUGCCAUAAAAAGAGUAAUAGAAGUUGAGCUUAGGUUUUUGGAUGUGUUGGUGGACGGUGGUUUGUUAAGGAAAUUGCUCAUGAAUUAGAACCA